CUUCUCAUGUUUUCUUCUUAAUUUUCAUCCUUUUUUUCUCUUUUGGUUUGCGUUCUGGGUGAACCUUUGCACCUUUCUUUGGGUUUCAUUUUCGAUCCCUUAUUUUUUUUCUUUAUUUUUCUUUAUCGUGCAUGCAAAUUUUCUAUGGUCAAUCAGUUUGCCAUUUCAAUAAAAAGACUGUUUUGAGCAUUUGAAUUGGACAACUAUCACGAUUUGAGUAAAAGUUUUGAUUUUUAUAUAAUUAUGAUGCAGGGUUGAUAAUAGAAAGAUACAGAUUUGUAAUGGAGAACUCUGCUCUAGAUAAAGAUCUUGUUUUCUUAACCUUACAAUUUCUCAAUGAAGAGGGGUUGAAGGAAACUGCACAAAUGCUUGAGUGUGAAAGUGGGCUAUACUUCAACAUGAAGCAUUUCGAGGAGAUGUUACUUGUUGGAAAAUGGAAUGAUGCAGAGAACUAUCUUUCUAGAUUUACAAGCAUAGAUGACAACAUGCACUCAACCAAAAUAUACUUUGAAAUCAGAAAACAAAAAUACCUUGAAGCAUUGGACAUUCACGAUCGUGACAAGGCUUUAGAUAUUCUCCUUAAGGAUCUAAACGUCUUUUUUCCCGGGCACGAAGAACUGUAUAAUGAAAUGACUCAGCUUUUGACAAUCAACGAUAUAAGGUACAACUCAAUUUUCAGUGUUCUAAUUUUAUACGUGAGGUUGAUGUGUUUUAAGAUUAAAUUUUUUCUGGGUCUGAUCAGGGAGCAUGCAUCACUUUCAACAUAUGGAGAUGCAAAUUCUGUGAGGAAAAUUGUUGCAGGUGCUAUUAUAAAACUCAUUGAGGGAAAUCCUGAGCUCCAUGGAAAAUUGAAGUUUCCUACCUUUAGAAGACAGAGAUUAUAUUAUCUUCUGAACCAAAGUUUGAAUUGGCAACAUAAACUUCGUAAAGAUCCACUUGGAGUUACUGACAUGAAAACCUUUCUGAUGGACCGUGUUUCGUCUUUGCAAUCAGAAGGCAGUGAUUCAAUUGAAAACUUGCUAUCUGAAGCUACAAUGGAGGAUCGUAAUGUAUUAUCACUGCAGGUGUCAGAGGAGAAUGGGCAUCAAGAAGGCUUGGAAGAUAGGAGGUCAGAUUCAAUUGAAGAAUCUCAUAGAAAUUCAAAGCUUUCUAAUUACUUAGAAAUUUGUGAGUCGUCCCCUUGUCAAUUCUUAGAGCUUCCAACUCAUCCCAAAAUAUCUAAGAUACUUAGACUGACUUACACAAAUGAGGGAAAUGGCAUUUUGGCAUUGGCAUCAAAUGGUCAUCAUCUACUUUGGAAGUGGCCAUGCAAUAAUCUUAACCCGGAUGGCAAGGCAACUGCACAAAUUUCUCCUUACAUUUGGCAACCAAGGAGUGACUUUCAAUUGAUGAGCAAUAAACUUGCAAGUUCAUAUAGUGGAGACCCAAUUUCUUCUUUCUCCUUAUCAAAGAACGAUUUAUAUCUCAUGUCAACGUCUGGGGGACCAAUCUCCUUCUUCAACAUCUUCUCGUUUAAGAGUUUGGCGACUAUCAUGCCACCGCCACCUAUGGCAACUUGUCUCACCUUCUACCCUCGUGAUAAUAAUAUACUCGCUAUUGGUAUGGAUGAUUUCAGUAUAAUUAUAUACAACGCUAGUACAAAUAAGAUUAUAAGCAAACUUGAAGGUCACACCAAAAGAGUUUCCGACCUUGCAUUUUCAAUUAGUUUUGAUCUCCUUGUUUCCAUUGGUGUAAAUGAUCAGAUAUUUGUAUGGAACAGCAAUGGAUGGAAAAAACUGAAAGAUGGGUACUUGAAAAUAUAUGGAGAAAGAGUGCCAGAUGUAGCAUCUGAG